UCCAUCUAUAAUUGAUCAUCGGGCAGACUCCCAUACCGCAAUCCCGGUUGCUUGAGCGGCAUAUAGCAGCUCCCAGUGCGUCAACCGUUUGGCGCGAGGUCCAUCCACUAGCGGCCGCUCACGCAUGCUUGUGCUCUGUUUCUGGCCGACGACGCCAUGCCGCACCACUCCGUCGUCACCGUUCCGCUGGCGGCUGCCUUCGCCAUGCUCUAUGCUCGCUUCGUCACUACCUUCGUCGGCCCCGGCUUGAGCCGCCUUCUUUUCCUCGCGCCGGUGCUCACCCUCCUCUUCAUACUUCCCUUCGCCGCCCCACUCUACAGCACUCGCGGCACAGCCGCCUUCUUCCUCGCCUGGCUCGGUGAGUUCAAGCUCCUCCUCCUCGCCUCCGGCCGUGGUCCGCUGGACCCGGCCCUCCAUCCCGUCCCGUUCGUGUUCACCGCCACGCUCCCGGUGAAGCUCCUCCGGCACAGCCCGGAUGCCGCGGCCGUGGCGGAGAAGGAUUCUCUGCCUCUCCUUUCUUCAAGUAUCAAGGUCGCCAUCAUGGUGGCGCUCCUACAAGUUUUCCACGGCAAGGACCAGAUGCACCCUUACGCAACCUUUGCCCUCUACGGCAUCGUCAUUUACUGCUUCCUCGACUUCCUGCUGCCGUGCCUCGCCGCGCUGGGGCGCGCACUGGGCAUGGGUCUGGAGCCGCAGUUCGACAAGCCGUACCUCUCGACCUCGCUCCAGGACUUCUGGGGCCGGCGCUGGAACCUCAUGGCCUCGGCCGUGCUCCGGCCGGCCGUCUACAUCCCUGUCCGGGCGCGCCUCGGUGCCCCCGCCGGCGUGCUCGCCACGUUCCUCGUGUCGGGGCUCAUGCACGAGGUGAUCGCUUACUACAUCACCUUCCAGCUUCCCACGGGGCAGCUCACGGCGUUCUUCCUCUUGCACGGCGCGUCGAUGUGCGCCGAGAGGUGGUGCGCGCGGAGGUGGCCCAACGCAAGGCUGCCGCGCGUGGUGGCCACGCCGCUCGUCGUGCUGUUCGUGUUGAGCACAGCGUUGUGGCUCUUCUUCCCGCCGCUCUUCGGGGACGGGAUGGACGACCGCUUCAUCGCCGAGUUCAACGCGCUGUUGGCGUCCUUGGUGGACGCCGGAGGGAGGCUACUCCGGCUGGCCGGGAUAGCUCGCUAGAGAGAGUUGGUCCAGAGCAAGCAGGCAGGCCGAGCGUUCUUCGCAUCUUGAAGCGCGUGUUUAGGACUAGAAAAUCCGCGCGGACAAAAAAGGCUCUUGGAAUGGCAUUCUUGUUCAGGGCGCUUGAAAUUAUAUCUGGUAAUUGCUCUAUUGAUUUACUACAAAGGAUAUGGUGUAUAUAUACAAUCGAAUUGAGCAUGGCAUCAUGCCCAUGUUGGUUA